AUGAUCUUUAAGUCUUCAUAUCCAGAUUUAAAAAUUCCUCAAGAUGGAGUUUAUCAAUAUGUGACUAGUAAUCCAAACAAAAUUCCAGACGAUAAAGUUAUUUACGUAGAUGGAAUUACUGGUAAAGGUUACACUUUUGGUGAAUUUAAACAUGAAUCGAAAAAAUUUGCUGCAGGAUUACAAGAUGUAUUAGGAUUUAAACGUGGGGAUGUUUUAGCGAUAUUUUCACCUAAUCAGGUUGAUUAUCCUAUUACAGUCUUGGGAACGAUUGCGGCUGGAGGUAAAGUAACGACGGCUAAUCCAAAGUAUAAAGCAGCUGAAUUGUUUUAUCAACUAAACGAUUCAGGCGCAACGGUUCUGAUCGUGCAUCCAGAAAUUCUUGAGGUCGCUAUUGAAGCUUCAAUAAAUGCAAAAAUUCCUGCCUCUAGGGUAUUAUUGUUUGGUGAUAAAGAAAUAAAGGGAUAUAAACCUUAUCGCUCUAUUUUAAUUGGUGAUCGUGAAAUUGAACCGAUUAAUUAUACUCCUGAAGAAGUAAAAUCAACAACUGCUUAUAUUCUUUAUACUUCUGGAACAACUGGAAAUCCAAAAGGUGUAGAACAUACUCAUGCAAGCAUAGUUUUUAAUCAGACUCAAUUAAUAAAUACAGAGUGUAAACUUGGACCACACAGUACAGUUAUGGGAGUCACACAAUUUUGCCACGGUUAUGCUUUUACUCUUAUUCUUCAUGCGGCCUUAAUUCAUGGUGCUACUGCAAUCAUUCAUACAAACUUCAGCGUGGAAACGUUUUGUGAAUCAAUUCAAAAAUUUAAAGUUAACCAUAUUUAUGCUGUUCCGCCGGUUAUACAUAAACUUGUCAAUGAUCCAUUGGCUCAACAAUUUAAUUUCUCAAGUAUGGAUACGAUUGCAAGUGCAGGAGCUCCAUUGGUUUAUCAAUUGGAAAAAAAAUUUUAUGAAAUGUUUAAAAUACCGAUUUUACAAUUAUAUGGUCUUACUGAAACGUUGGCGACAAUGCAUCAUCCUGAUCCAACAAAAAUUAUAGGCCCAGGUUCUAUUGGGAUUCUUUUUCCAAAUGUGAAAGCUAAAAUAUUAUCAGAAGAUGGUCAUGAAUUGGGAUACAAUAAACUCGGAGAAUUGUGGAUUCACGGUCCAAAUGUUAUGAAGGGUUAUCUUAAUAAUAAAGAAGCUACAGGUGCUGUCAUCGAUAAAGACGGAUUUUUUAAAACAGGAGAUAUCGGUUUUCAAGUGGCACCUUCUGAACUGGAAUCGGUUCUGCUCACACAUGAUGCUGUAUCAGAUGCAGCGGUAAUAGGCUAUUAUUCUGAAGAAGAAUCAACCGAAAUUCCUGUAGCAUAUGUCAUAAUUAAAGAAGGGUAUGAGCAAUCUCAAGCUCUAGCGAAGGAAAUUCAAUCUUUUGUAAAUGAGAAGGUCGCGCAGCAUAAAAAAUUAAGAGGUGGUGUAUUGUUUAUUGAUAGAAUUCCAAAAAGUGAAGCUGGCAAAAUUUUAAAAGGAUUAUUAAGAGAGAAACUAAAAAUGGGAUUAAGAAAGAACGAUUGA